CCUCAGCUGCAUCAGAGUGCCACUUCUCCCCAGGUUCACCAGAGGAAACACCACUGCACAAAAUGCUUUUCCUCCCAGCUGCUGCUCUGUGCUGUCUGUGUUCAGCGCUGGUUGCCAUGGCAGCAGACCUGAUUCAGGAUGAUUUAACAUUGACCAGGAGAGUUGGUGAAACAGUCUCCUUCAGCUGUGGAGGAACUGACCAGUGUUACAGUGGAGCCCCAUAUGUAUUCUGGUACCAGAAGAAAGACAAAGAAACAUUCAGAAGGAUUCUUUAUAUUAACAAGAACACUGGUGACAUAGGUAGAAGUUACAAUCAUCCUCAGCAAGAUGAUUUCUCACCUGUAAAUAAAGAGAACGGCUGUGAGUUGAAGAUCCAGAAAGUUAAACUCUCACAUUCAGCCACCUACUACUGCUCGUGUUGGAAAGAUGGAAACUACUACCUCAUCUUUGGCUCUGGAACUAAACUGUAUGUAGAUGAGCAGGUAGUGAAGCCCGUGGUGAGCGUGUACCCAGCAGCCCACCUGGAGGGGAAGAGUUCCCUGCUGUGUCUGGCCUCAGCCAUGUCUCCUCCUCUGGUCCAGUUCUCCUGGAAAAGACAGAAGAACGGCCGGCUGGAGGAUCUGAACCCUGCUGAGGGAGAGCAGCUGGAGCUCAGAGAGUCGGGGCGCACUGCCUCCAUCCUGCUGCUCCAUCAGCAAGAGAGGAGCACAUAUAAAUACCGCUGCUCUGUCAAGCACGAAGGGGGCACAGUGAGGGCCCAAACAGAACAAGAUGUUUCUACUCUUCCUCCAACAACAACAGCUCCAACAGCAACUCCAACAUCAGCUCCAACAGCAACUCCACCAGCAGUUCCACCAGCAUCUCCAACACCAGCUCCAUCAGCAGAUGCACCAGCAGCUCUUGUCCCGUCUCAGUACCAGGUGAAGCUGCUCUGUGUGCUGUACACAGUGCUGAUAGUGAAGAGUCUGGUGUACUGCUGUGGACUCUCUCUGCUGAUGAUCCUCAGAAACAAGGGACCGUCCACCAACUGCACACAUGCUGACUGACUGUUUUCUGCUCGCCUUUUCUCACCAUCACAUCUCAUCAAUUCAUCUCAUUUAUCACUUUGACCAGCGUUCAGAA